AAGACGUUCCCCUCACCCAUUGCCCAGUCUAAAGUCACAGCCUGGGAUUAUCCAGCAGGACCUUCCCCUACCUCCACCCCAGUCUACACAGACUUGCCCCACCCCAGCUGUCCACCUUUGCUGUGCCCUGUAUGUGCCUGUUGGGACCCUGAGGCUCAGAGAAGGGAUGAAAAGAGUUAGUCAGCAGCUAACACAGAGUCUAGACCUUGUUCACCUUGACCAGUGCUCUUCCCAGUCUCUCGUCUGCCUCAGUGACCAGUGGCAGGGUUUCUCAACGCCAGCACUUGAUAUUCUGGGCUGGACAAUUCUCUGUUGUGGGAGUUGUCCUGUGCAUUGUAGGACGCUUAGCUGUGUCCCUCGUCUCUAUCCACUAGAGUAUGGAUAGAUACUGUUAGGACAACCAAAAAUGCCUCCAGACAUUGCCAGAGGUCCUCUGGGGAGGGGACAGGGGAGGGAGCCAAAAUCACCCUGGGUUGUAAACCACUGACCUAUGGGGUUCAAGGCCCCAGAGUUGAAGCCAAGCCAGCUUUCAUCUCCAGCCUGGCAGAGGGGCAACUCCUCCAUUCUCUGUCCCUGGCGCUGUCCCCAUCCCACACCACCUUCCCUGGUACUUCGUUGCUAUGUGAAGAAGGCAGUGUAAUGUGGUAGAAUGGGGGCUCUGGUGACAGCAUGCUGGGUUCAUAAGCUAGCUACUUAGUAGCUGUGUGACCUUAGAAAUGUCAUUUAACCUCUCCAAGCCUCAUCUUCUUCAUCCAUAAAAUGGGAACAGUAGUGCCCCUCUCCUCUUAAAUGAGACCAUUUGUGUCACAUGCUGAGCAUGAUGCCUAAUGCAUAGAAAGCACUUAGUAAACAGGAGCUGUUGCCAGUCUGUGAGCUUCCUGGCAGCACCAGUGGCUGACUUAACUUUGUGUCCCCCACCAUGCCUAGCAUAUAAUAUGUACAUCUUGAAAGAAGGGAGGGGCAUUCCCUACAAAAGGUUCAUCCCCAGCCCCAUGGGGAACUAAGAUCCCACAUGCCGCGCAGUGUGGCCAAAAAAAAAAAAAAAGAACCACCAGCCUCUGGAGACCUCAGAUGUAAGGGCCAGGUGCUCGGGCUGGCUGAGUCUGAAGGCAGACAAUGUCCCCUCCGGGGCCACUGGUCUCGAAGGCCUGAAACAUGAAGACCAACUAGAGAAUCUCAGAGGAAGCAGUACUUAGCCCUAGGGGGUGGGACUUCAGAAGUGAGGUCUUGGGCAGAGCUGGAGGUGGGGAAGUAAAAACACUGUCCGGCCCAGGGCCAGGCAUGGUACUUGGACUUUACUUCUAUGAUCUCCUUUGACUGUCAUGACCACUCUGUGAGGUUGAGGCUGUUAUUCUGAGAAAACCACUACUCUGACCCCUCCCAGGCCCUUCAGGGAGAAAGGCACUGGGGGCCUGCCCCUGCCUACCUCUGUGGAUGCCUAGCACUUAGGAAUGGCAGGAUGCCCCUAUCUUAUCGUAUAAGAUAUCCUAAAUAUUGCAUGGACAUACUUAAACGAAAAAAAUUAUUCGUUGUUUACCUAAAAUUGGAAUUUAACCGGGCGUCCUGUAUUUUAUCUGGCCUUUUCCUCUGAUCUGCAAAUACCCGGUCAUAAAACGAGGGUGUAUUUGGUCCCUCAGGCCCCGCCCGGAACUGACAUCCUGGGAAUCCCUGAAUUUUCGUCUUGUUUCCAGCAGAGUUUAUCCGGAGAAUCCCGCACAUAGCUAGCUAAGGGUACCGCAGGUCCGCGGCGGCGCUAAGGGACCUCUAAGGCCCCGCCCCCGCGUCAGACCAGGCCGCGCCGCACUCCUCGCGAGAGGGCCGCUCUUGCCCAGGAAGGUUCAGAGGCGGAAGUGGAGUACCGGAAGCGACAGUUGCCAUGGAGCCCGCGGAGGACUGGCUGGUGGAAUCCUUGCGCUUGUAAAUCGUGUGGGCUUGGGACGUGGAAUCCGGGUGUGGAGCUGGCUUGGGGGCGGACGGGCGCGGCAUGGAGCACGCAGGAAACCCGCGGCAUGUGGGGCGGGACCUGUACGGAGGACUCCACCUGGGCCUCGACUCCCGCAGCUGGGAAAUGGCACCUUCCUGUGUACCAGGAUUUCCAUGCAUUCGACCUCUCGGGAGCCACUCGAGUCCUUGAAUGGAUUGGUGACAAAGGAAUCUUGGUUGCUGGCUAUGAACGCCUGAAAAAAAAUGAGAUUCUUCAUCUGAUAUUACCUCUCAGACUUUCUGUAAAAGAAAACCAGGGCUUAUUCCCUGAAAGAGAUUUCAAGGUACGCCAUGGAGGAUUUUCAGACAGGUCUGUCUUUGAUCUGAAGUAUGUGCCAGACACCAGGUUGCUGGUGACCAGUGGCCUUCCCGGUUGUUACCUGCAGGUGUGGCAGGUUGCGGAGGACAGCGAUGUCAUUAAGGCUGUCAGCACCAUUGAUGUGCACGAGAAGGAGGGGCGUCUCUGGCCCAGGAUGGCCAUCUUCUCGUCGGCGGCGCCCGGAGUCCUCCACGGGGCCAGGCUCAGCAGUCUGAAGGUGGUGGAUCUGGAAUCACAGAAGACCACCUACAGCUCAGGUGUCAGUGACGACGAGUUGCUGAGUAGCCUGCAGGUCCUGGAUGCAGACACCUUUGCCUUCUGCUGCACCUCGGGCCGCCUGGGGCUUGUCGACACCCGCCAGAAGUGGACCCCGUCAGAGAACCUCAGGCCCGGCUCUGGGUCCGCUGGAGGGAGGUGGUGUGCAGAAGCUGGGGGCCGGGGCCCUGGGCCCAGCAUUGCCAGCCUUGGCUCGGACGGGCAGCUCUGUCUUCUUGACCCCCGGGAUCUCUGCCAGCCGGUGAGCUUGGUCCAGUGCCCAGUGUCCAUGCCUAGCCCUGACCCAGAGCUGCUGCGAGUGACUUGGGCUCCAGGCCUGGACAACUGCUUGGCCAUUUCAGGUUUUGAUGGGACGGUCCAGGUCUAUGACGUCACGUCUUGGGGUGGAAUGGGGCGCCAAGUAGAACCUCUCUUCACUCACAAAGGUCACAUCUUCCUAGACGGCAAUGGGAUGGACACUGCUCCACUGGUCACCACCCACACCUGGCACCCCUGCAAACCGAGGACUUUGUUGUCUGCAGCAAGUGAUGCCUCUCUGCACGUAUGGGACUGGGUGGACCUCCAUGCUGCCCGCUGACUCCAGCAUCUUUCUGCCCAGGCCCUAGGAAGCUGCUGUGUAGCAAGGAUAUUGAUUCAAGAUUCAAGUGACCACAGAGCCCUGUUACCAGCUGAGUGGCUGUGGGCAAGUUAACCAGCCCCUCAGUCCCAGUUUCUUUAUUUGUAGAAUGAGACUGGUAAUAACUACCUGGUAGGACUGUUGGGAAAGUUAGAAGUAACAUAUUUAAAACUAACUGGUAAGGGGACUUCCCUGGUGGCACAGUGGUUAAGACUCCGCGCUCCCAAUGCAGGGGGCCCGGGUUCAAUCCCUGGUCAGGGAACUAGAUUCCACAUGCAUGCUGCAACUAAGAGUUCGCAUGCCACAACUAAGGAGCCUGCCUGCCGCAACUAAGGAGCCCAUGUGCUGCAACUAAGGCUCCUGCGAGCCACAACUAAGGAGCCCACCUGCUGCAACUAAGACCCAGCACAACCAAAUAAAUAAUAAAAAAUAAUAAUAAUAACUGGUAGGAUUCAUGGCACAAUAAAGAUUUCGUAGCUACUCUUAGAUCUGGGAGCCCCAUUUCCCCCAAGUGUAAAAUGGCAGCGUUUUACCCCUGUCUGCAUUCACAACAUCAUGGAAUCUGAAGAGCCAACGAAUGUAAACAGGUUCUGUGAACUUUUCUACAGAAGUGAAAAUGUAUAGUGACAGAUAAUCAUGAAAAAAGUCAACCCCAGUAGCAAUUAAGGAAAUAGCAAUUAAAAUAAGGUUAUGCCAUUUUUAUCUACUAAAUUGCCAAAUUUUAAAACAUUUUUGCCUUGAACAGCUGUUAGAGGUUACAUGGUACACAAUUCAGAAGGUACAGAGGAGCAUCUUAGUUCUUUGGGGGCAGCUGUUUUUAAAGGUGGUAACAGCCAGGGUGGGGAGCUAGGCAUUCUCAUCAGUACCACCUGCAGCUGGCAUUCAGGCAGAGACUGGCCACCCUCCUCUUGGGCGGUUCUCACUGGAACACGGCCUUCACCAGGGUGAUGCUUUCCAACCCCUGCCCCCCAGGGGAGUAGGCCCAAAGGACAUUUCUUUUUGGUGGCCCGUAGCAAAUAUGAAAGUGUACCUGCAUGUGAUUCCUCACUGUCACAUUUGUUAAAGGAUUUUCAGCAAUUUUCUUGUUGAAAUUAUGUGAUUACUAGUCAGUUUGGGCUCUGAUUUUUUUUUAAAGUAGCUUUAUUGAGACAUAAUUCACAUACCAUACAAUUCAACCAUUUAAAAUGUACAAUUUAAUGGGUUUUGGUAUACUACUUUAUUAGUUUUUAAAGAUUAUGGUAAAAUAUAUCUAACAAUUUGCCAUUUUCCCCAUUUUUAAGUGUACAACUCAGUGGCAUUAAUUACAUUCACAAUGUUGCAUGACCAGCACCACUAUUUGUUUCCAAAACUUUUCAUCACCCCAAACAAACUGACUAUUGUGGGCUCUGGUUUUUUGGCUCUCAGCUGGGCUCCUAUAACAAAAUGCCACAGACUGGGGUCUAAAACAACAGAGAUUUCCUUCUCACAGUUCAGGAGGCUGGGAAGUCCAAUAUCAAGGUGCGGGCUAGGUGGGUUUCAUCCUGAGGCCUCUUCUCUUAGCUUGUAGGUGGCCACCAUCUUGCUGUGUGCUCACAUGACCUCUUCUCUGUGCUCCUGCAGAGAAAGCCCUGGUCUCUGUUCCUCUUCUUAUGACACCAGUCCUUUCAGAUUAGAGCCUCACCCUUAUGACAUCACUUAACCUUAAUUACCUCUUAAAAGCUCUAUCUCCAAAUACAGUUACAUUGGGGGUUAUGGGGGUGGGAGGGGGUAUAAUUUGACCCAUAGCAUUUAGGAAUUAUUUUGAAGUAAGAAAAACCUAAUAAUUUUUCCAAUGAAAUGAUUUUUUUAAUUUAACAAAUGUAAUGAAUGAGCAUUACGUUUUUUUUUUGUUUUUUUUUUUCUGUAUGCGGGCCUCUCACUGUUGUGGCCUCUCCCGUUGCGGAGCACAGGCUCCGGACGCACAGGCUCAGCAGCCAUGGCUCACGGGCCCAGCCGCUCCGCGGCAUGUGGGAUCUUCCCGGACUGGGGCACGAACCCGUGUUUCCUGCAUCGGCAGGCGGACUCUCAACCACUGCGCCACCAGGGAAGCCCGAGCAUUACAUUUUGGAGAGAUGUAAUUAAACAAUUUCAGACUCAAGAUGUGAUCCUUCUUACCAUCGUCUGGAGUCUUCUUUCUAAUCCUUUUCUUCCCCUCCAUUGCCCCAUGAGAACUGAUUCUAUAGAUUCAUUUCCAGAAAAAGGUAAUUCUUUGCUGUGCGCCAUUUCGGCUUAAGCUUAACAGGAACGCUCUGCUUUCAGAUAGAAGAGGAAACCUAUAUGACAAAUCAGGGAUUUUUUUUUUUUCAA